AUGCUUUGUGGCACAGUACACCCUGGAAUGGCGAUUGAUCACGAUGCUGUGUUACACAUCCGAGAUCUCGUCAGUCAGAUUGUCACCGAGAUCUUGGAGCAGAAAACAUCCAGUGUUGUGGAUAUGGACAAGGCUGCUCGUAAGCUUUUCCCAGCGUCUUGCCACUGGAUUACUAAGGAUGCUUGGGAUGCGAUGUAUAACCAUGCCAUAAGCAGUCGAAAAUUCCAUACCAGCAGAUUUGGUGCAUCACGGCUACCUCACGAACUUCACCAUAAGAUGACUAUCAUUAUCAAGGACAACUUAGGACGUGAAAAGGAUAAGAAAGAUCGAGAAAAGGACAAAGAGAUAGAUAAAAUGGCCUAUUAUUUGAUAGCAAUUUGUGAGGGAAUCUCUGAGGACAUUAUGAAAUGGACUGGCAAUUACGUGAAAAAUAUCCGAAAUUCCGAUAAGAAAAUCAAUCUCCAAAAUCUGAAAAUCGCGCUGAGUGCGGAUAAGGCCCUGAUGCAGUUGUCAAACUCGCUGAAGAAUGAUGAAGAAGACCAGUCACCCGGCGGAUUCCUUUCGAACUUCUACGAAUUCGAUCUCGACGACUCUGAUGACGAGGAACAGAAGUACACGUCAUACGAAUCGAUAGCGAGCGACUUCCUGAAAGAAGAACGACUCUAUCUUCGAGAACUGAAUCAAGUCAAUGUGUUCCGCCGAAGAUUGGAAAGUGUUUUACAGGAUGAGGACAAGGUUUAUCUUCGUCUUCUGUUUGGAAACCUAGCAGAAAUCCAUGAACUGACGAUGAAAAUGGAACGAACACUUGAAGAUUCAAUAGAAAUGAGUGAUUCGCCCUGCAUUGGAAUGGGUUUAUGGGAACUGGCGGAGGCAUACGAGUUCGACGGAUAUGUGGCUUACUUGAAACGUGGCCGCGACGACGAACCGGAACAGAUUCUGACGCCGGUCAUCACUAAAACCAUAGAAGAGUUGUUGGAAAACAAGCAUUAUGCUGCUUUAUUCGAUACCGAUGAUCGUUCCUAUAGUGUCACUCUAGAUGGGCCAACAUUCCGUUUAGCCAUGAAAUAUGUGCUACCUACACUGCUCCAUGCACCGUUGAUACAUUUCUUUCGUUAUUUGGAAUAUGUAAAUAAACUCCUCAAACACUCCCACAAUGAAGAAGAUCGUACUGAACUGCAGAACUCAAAGUUGUAUUUGACAACAGUUGGCAAUCAACUGGAGCAAACGAUUGAUCAUAAUGGUCUGACGAUGAUCAAAAAUAGAUCGCAUAUAUUUUUAUUUGAUCAUUUGCUGGUUCUAUGUAAAAAGCAUAAAGGAUACAAGUUCAAAGAAAGAAUAACCGUUAAUCUUAUGGAUAUCGUCGACAUUGAGGACAGCGAUGCUAAAAUUUGGGGUGUGCAAUUUCAUCACUGUUGUUAUUCCAAUUCUUGUAAUAUCUUCAGUUUACUUGACCGAGUGCUCGAUGGCUACGAGAAAGAAGAGGCAAAGCGAAUUCCACUUGUUACUCCAGGGCCAGAACAGUACAGAUUUGCUGAACCUGAUUCAGAAGAAAAUAUCUCCUUUGAGGAUUACACAUCUAGUAGCGGAAUUCCUGUCGUUAAGAAUGGUACUGUCCUGAAGCUUGUCGAACGGUUGACCUAUCACCAGUACACAGACAACAAGUAUGUUCAAACAUUCCUAAUUUCCUAUCGAUCAUUCUGUACGCCAAGCGAGUUGUUGGAGAUGCUCAUCGAACGGUUCAAUGUGCCGGUACCCAAUAAACUACUCCAGAACCAGGAAAUGAGAGGUGGUCCGUUAGCUGGACGUUACGACACUGUUCAGUCACACGGUCUUUCGGGAGGAAUGAUGUUUUCUGCGUACAAUGAACAGAGCUAUCAACGAUUCCGAAAGGAGUACGAGCGACCGAUACAGAGGAGAGUUUUGAGUGUUUUACAUCAAUGGGUCAAGAAUCACUGGUACGACUUUGAGAACGACUCGACUCUGCUGGAAGCCCUCGAGCGGUUCCUUCAGACUUCUUGUGACCAAAAAUUGACCAACCAACACAAAAAAUUUUGUAAAAACAUUAUUACUCUGAUAGAGAAGAAGCAGAAACAGCAGGAAUCUGAGGGUCAUGUGAACACUGCAUUUGAUUUUGAAGAUACGAAUGCGUUCCAGCCUAAAAAACCAGAGCCUGUUUGGCAUGCUGCCAAACAAGGAGACGUAGCUAACUAUGAUCUUCUCACGUUACAUCCGCUAGAGAUUGGCAGACAGUUAACCCUGCUUCACUUUGAUCUUUAUCGAGCCAUAAAACCGAUAGAAUUGGUAGGAGCGGCAUGGACAAAACAUGACAAAUAUCGAAGAAGUCCUCAGCUGUUGAAGCUCACAGACCACUCAACCUUGCUUACGUACUGGGUGUCACGAUCCAUCGUUGAAACGGAAUCACUGGAAGAACGGGUAGCGAUGUUUGCUCGCGUACUUGAGGUUAUGUCAGUAUUUGAAGAGCUUCAUAAUUUCACUGGGCUUGUCGCGUUUCAGUCUGCUCUCAAUUCAGCCUGUGUUCAUCGAUUAACUUGGUGCUGGGAGCGUCUUGAUCAUGAGAAAGUGAAAACCUACGAUCGCUUCGCAAAACUUUGUGAACCUCGCUAUAUUGAGAUGCAGAAGCGUAUUCAGUCGAUCAAUCCUCCCUGCGUUCCGUUUUUCGGUCACUACCUCUCAAAUAUAUUUUUCUUCGAAGCCGGCAAUAGCACUUUUGUCAAGUCACCAGGUGGAACAUCAAGUGAAGUUCCGCGUACGAGAAUAGUCUUACAACUAGUUCACUUGCAGGACUCCAACGAUCCUCAAUCACCUCCAGCUUCAAAUAAACGAGUGCUAGUGCAGUUUCUGAAGUGUCGUCGAAUAUCGGACUUAAUUCGUGAAAUCCAAAUGUACCAGAAUCAGCCAUACGCACUCCAAGUAGAAAAGAGCAUACGGGUUUGUUUGGUUCGAGUUUUUCAUACCUGGCAGACUACAAAAAUUCAAUCUAGCAGCAAAAUUAAGGCAAUGGCGAAAGAUGGAUUAAUUGUAUAA